ACACACACACACACACAGAGAUAGUACUGUUUUCAAUAUUGGAUUUUGUUGUAAACCAUUUUCCAAAUCUCAUUAUAAAACAAACCUUAAAUCUCUCCAAAUCCCCCUCAAAUUCACAUUCAUUUUGAGAAGAGGAAAAAAAAAAAACUCCCUUUUUUCUUUCUCUUAUUUCUCUCUAUACCUUGAUGGGAAAGGACUCGUUUUGUUGUGAUUUUGAUCAAGAAAAAGAAAGUGGGUUAUUCGCAGGAAGUUGUUGCAUGGAGAAAAAAGUAAAACUUUUUGGAAUUGAGCUCAACCCAUCAAACAAUUCUUGUAAUAAAUUUCAUGAUCAAGGUGAUCACGAAAGUGUAAAUUCUUCAACAACGACGACGACGACAGUUUGUUUUGAUCAAAGAUCAUCAUCAAAUCAACAAGAACAGGAAGAAGAUGAUCAAGAAGAAGCUGCCAAUAUUGUUAUUAUUAAUAACAAUAAUAGAAAAGCAACAAAAUUCGAGUGUCAAUAUUGUUUGAAAGAGUUUACAAAUUCUCAAGCUUUGGGUGGCCAUCAAAAUGCUCACAAGAAAGAGAGAUUGAAGAAGAAGAAGAUGCAACUUCAAGCAAGAAAAGCUACACUUACUUAUUAUCUUCAAUCUAAUUCUACCAAUAAUCAUUUUCUUUAUGAUUAUGAUAAUCCUAAUUCUUCUUCUUCUUCUCCCAAUUCUUCUUUUUUCAUCUCCGAUGAUUAUUAUUAUAAUUCUUCACAGAUUAGUUUCAACCAAAACGACGCCGGAUUAAUCCAUUUUGAUUCUUCUCUUCCCUUUUUACCUCAACAACAACGACGGCCGUUUUUCACUUUCACACCGCCCGACAUGUCGUCCCGACAACCCUCCACCAACCCUGUCGUUUUUCAUUCUUCUUCUUCUUCUUCUUCUUCCUCCCCUGCUUCUUGUAAAUCUUUGGAUCUUCAACUUGGCCUUAAUUAAUUUUCAUUAAUAUUUUUCCCUCCCAAUCUCUUGUACCCAAUCCAAACAUUUUCCUAAUUAAGCACUCUUCAUUACAAAUAUGUCCAUGUAUAAUUUUGUUUACAGUUUUGUACUUAGAGCAAUACUUGCUUAUUGUUAGUUGGUGACAGAUCAAAAGAGAUGUAUAAUUUGCUUCGAAUCUUGAGAUGUAUACAUCUCUAUACAACGGAUCACUUUCAUGAACUUAUUUUUUUUUUACUUACUACUAUAGUACUCAAUUCAUUAUUUGUUAUAUUAUUUAAUAUCAAUAAUGUAAGAUCCACAACAUAAAUUAAUGUGCA